AUAAAAUUUUCUUUUAGGUUCUAGAAAAAGACCAGCAGACGAGAUGGAUAUAGAACCUCAUAUACUAUCUGUGGAUAAUCUGGUAAACGAAGAAGAUAAAAUGGAAUAUUUUAAAGAUGUGAACUCUAGCCAAGAUAAAUCUAUGACAGACAAAUUCCCUAGUGUCACUGAAUUAAAAGAUCAAGAAGUUCUCACAGCCACAGGAGAGAUUGUUAUGUUCCCUAAGCCAUCAGCUGAGACAUUUUUCAGCUACAAAAUUGUAUCAGAGGAAGAGAAAAAAGUCAACUCAGAUUUCUUCAAUAAGAGGCGAGCAACAAAAAAUCCACAACGCUACCUUAAAAUAAGGAACCAUAUUAUUGAAACUUGGCAAAAACAGAAGCCUAGGUAUGUGAGUAUCUCUCAUGCAAGGAAAGGACUCAAAGACUGUGGAGAUGUCACUCCUAUCAGCCGCAUACAUAGGUACCUUGAAUGUAAAGGUGUGAUUAACUUUGCAUCAGUGAAAACUCGUCCAUGGCUGAGGAAGGAUUCAAAAUCAGCACACAUGACUCAAUCUAAUGUGAAGAGACUAAAAGUAAUUUCAGCAAAUGAUUAUACAAAGAGAAGUGAGCGCUUGAUUGGAGAUAUGGAAUCAGAAAUUGACUUUGAUCUAGAGGAAGAGGUGAAAUUAUUGAAGAGUGUAGAAGUAUCACCUGUGGAAAAAGGAAGGCAAGCAAAACCAAGAAAUCAGUCUGAUAAAUCAAUGGAUAUUAAAAUAAGAAAUGUGACAGUCAGACAAGGCAAUGCCGUAGAAAUUGAAGUAACAGCAAAAGAAUCAACUGAAGGCAAAAGACAUGGAAAAACUACAAUAACAGUAAAAGAUGUGAAUGUGACGUCAGAAGUGAGUUCAAGUGGCCGAAGGACAAGAAAUGUAGCAACACCAAACUGGGCGGAUAUUAUAAGUGGAAGGAAAAGUUUUAAGAAAGAUGGAGGUGUUCUUGUCCAGGUCAAAAAGGAACCUGUUGAUGUUGAGUAUGAAAAAGCACUUGAUCAGUCAAAUGGAAACCAGUCUGGAAUUAAAGAUUCACCUACAAAGUCAAAGCAAGUGAUAGCAUCUGAAAGCACAGAUGUCUUGGUAAAACAAAACAAAAGUCGAAAGAGGGAGGAGAUUGUGGGAAAACACGUUAAUAUUAUUAAGACUAUAAAAUCACCACAGAGAGAAAACAGUGCUGAAAAUGCUAAACAUAGUAGAAAUAUAGUUAAGAACUCUAAUAAUGAAGAAGAUUUAUUUGAAAUGGAAACUUCAUUUGGAUCAGUUGAUGGUGUUGGUUUAGCACCCCAAAGAGGAAUAUAUUACAAAUUUGCAUGUACUGAGUGUGAUAAGAAAUUUUGUGUAGGUUAUUUACUGGAGGAACAUAUGAAAAAUAUACAUUCAAAAAAUGUUGAUGGUAUAGCUACUGGUAAUGAUGAUGAUGAGCCUGAAACUGAAGUAAAUGACAUGUUUGAAGUUGAUGGUGAUGAUGAUGAUGACUAUGCAGAUGAUGUGGAUGAUGAGGAAUUAGAAGAUCAUAAUAUUACAGACGAUGAUUUCUCACCAGAUAUCAAAGUACCUAAAAUCUCAAGGGAGCCUAAAAGCGAUGAUAUUGCUAUACCUAAAGAUACUAAAGGCAGAAAAAAGCCAACAUGCAAUAUUUGUGGACAGACAUUCCUGACUCCAGCCAAUAUGAGGAGACAUAGUCUCCUCCAUACCAACAAAAUGUACGAGUGUCCAUUUUGUGCAAAACUAAUGAAAAGGAAAGAUUAUGUUAAUCAACAUGUGAGGAAGGUCCACAAAGGGCAUAACCUGGAAGAAAAUCCAAUUGAUUUUGAUAAGUUUACCCACAUCAUUGAACCAGAGGUUGAUGAAAGUGGAAACCAAGAUGAAACUAAAUCACAGUUGGAAGGUCGAGGGGAUAAACCAGCACGUAGUAAAGUUCUUGCUGGACUAGGGAAGAAAGUAUGUCCUGACUGCAGUAAAUUAUUUGAUGCCCAGGAAGAUUUAGAACAGCAUAUGCUCUCUGUCCAUAAAAAAGAGCUAAAGGAUGCUGCAUAUACAUGUCAGGGAUGUAAGAAACAGUUUAAAUCUUUAGUGAGUUACCAGGUACAUAAGCUAAGUCAUAGGAAAAAAGAUUUCAUCUGUCAACAUUGUGGUAAAAAAUUUGCCAAUAAUUCUCAAUUGCAAGUUCAUCGAAGACAUGACCAUCAGUUACAGUACACAACACUUAUGUAUUUUGGGUAUUUAAUGAAUGAAGGUAAAACUUCAUGUGAAAUUUGUAGUCAGGAUUUUGAGAGUAUGGAAGAAUUUCACAAACAUAGGUUGAUACAUCUUGUUUUUGAUUACUUGUGUGACAAAUGCGGAAAUGGUUUUAAGGUUAAAGAAGAAGAGAGUUUUCAGAAACACAAAGAAUCAGAUUGUACUAAAGUUAAUUAUCAUCUACAAUGUGGCGUGUGUGAAAUGCAGUUUUCGAUGUAUGACACACGUCGAAAGCAUGUGCUAGCUAACCACCCAAAAGAAAAUGACUUUUUCUGUCAUCAUUGUGGAAAAACAUUUGAUGAUAUGAAGGAUUUGACAGAACAUUUUCGUAUUCACAAAGAAGAAAAGGUAUUUAUUUGUGAAUUUUGCAAUAAAAGAUUUUUUGAAAAGAGAAACUUGGUAGACCAUAGAGACUUGCAUAAAGACACUAAAAGUUGGAAAUGCCACAUCUGUGACCGUUUGUACAUCAGUAGUAAAAGCCUUCAACGUCACAUUAAACUUCAUCUUAGUAGGUCCGGGAAGAAUUGCAAACAUUGUGAUUCCAAGUUUCGAUCAAACGAAGAGUUGGAGGAUCACAUGUCCACAGUUCAUGCUGACCAGGAUAAUGAUAAAUACCAUUUAUGCCAUCUUUGCCCUCGUACCUUUCUUGACAAAUCACAAUUGCUAAAACACAUGCAAAUUCACGAUGGUGACAACACAUAUACAUGUGAUAUUUGUCAGCAAAUUUUCGAUGCUAAUGUUUUACCUCAGUGGAGACAUUUGAAAAAGGCUCAUCCAGAGGAAGCAAAGAAAAGAGGAAAAAGACAGUAUGUAUGUCAGGAUUGUCCGUUUGUUACCCAGUUUAAACAGAGAUUAGAACGGCAUAUGGAAACUCAUAGGGAAACAAAAGACUUUGAAUGUGAGUAUUGUCAUAGAAAGUAUCAAACAACAAGUUCUCUGAUGACACAUAUGAUAGUACACAGAGGUAAAGUUAAAAAAGGGGCUAAACCUGAGCCAAUAUGUACCUGGACAAAUUGCAGGAAACAGUAUGUAAAACAUUCUCUGUAUAAAAGACACUUGAUAUCUCAUAUCUUUAAGGUGAAGGUAGGAAAAGAUUUGUGUGAUUGUGGACGGUGUCAGUACAGCGCCCCCCAGCCAGGACAAUCUUAUUUUGUACAAGAUGAUUCUGAUUAUUCUGCUGUUGGUUUUGUUGAUGCUGAUGGUAAUCCUUUAGUCGCAACAAAGUUAGCAAACAGUGGAGAGCAAUCACAUGUUAUCAAUGUCCAAGUCUUGCCAGCGGGAGGAACAGAGCAAAGUUACGAGUCCAUGGAUGUCCUGCAAGAGGCAAUAGCACAGAUAGAAGACAUUGAAAAUAAGAAUAAUUCAAAUGGUAAAAAGAAUGUAAAUGAUGAAAAUAAGCAAAGUAUUGGAGAUAAGCCCCUUGGAAUAGUUGCUUGUGAAAAGAAGCUUAAAAUGGAAGCAGAAAAUAAAGACAAGCUAAAAACUGCACAAGGUAGCAAGCCAGAAGAAGUAGAGCAAAGGAAAGAUGUGGUACCUAGUUCAGUAUCAGAUAUUGUUGAAGAGAAAGGAAACUUGGGUGUCUUGGAUGAUGAGAGUAUACCUACAACUGAAACUGAGAGUAUGGUUGAGGAAGUUAUUGUUACUGGAGCUUCUACAGACAUAAACCCAGUUGAGCUUCCAAGCUAUAGGUUUGAAUGUGGAGUAUGUGAACUGAUGUUCCAGUACAAGUGUCUAGUUCUGUUUCACCUAGAAGAGGAUCACCCUGACCACAGAUAUCCUCACUGUCCUACAUGUGGUAAAUGCAUCAUUGAUAAGAAGAAUCUUACAGAUCAUAUGCGUAUUCAUGAUGAAGUCCGAAGCUUUAGGUGUAAUGUAUGUAAUAAAGGUUUCCGUACUAAACAAUGUCUUAGACAGCAUUCAUUUAUCCAUGCAAUAACAAAACCCUUUACGUGUAAUUAUUGUGGUCAUGGGUUUACCCAGAAAGGAUUUUACUUGGAACAUAUUAGGCGCCACACUGGCAUGAAACCCUUUAAAUGCUCUGUAUGUUCAAAGGCAUUUGUGUCAAAGAAUCUCUUACGUAUUCACAUGUUUUCUCAUGCCAAUUCGCGUCCUCAUCAGUGUGAACUUUGUCCGAAAUCUUUUAGUGAGAACUAUCAGCUCACAGCACACAUUCGUACACACAAUGAUGAACGUCCAUUUAAAUGUACUGAAUGUGACAAAGCAUUCUUUGUGAAGCCAAAACUGAUUAGACAUUUAAACACAGUUCACGGAAUAGAUAAGGAGGAAUUAACAAAUUAUGUUGCAACACGAGUAGGAGAGGGUGUUGGUUACCGUGACAAAACAAAAGUCAAGAACCAAAUGGCGCAGAAAACACAAGUUGUUUAUAUAGACACACAUGGUAAUAUUGUUAGCCAAGAAUUAAAAGAAGAGGAAAUGAUUGAAGAGCAGAAUCAGCCUGCAUCAUCUAGGCAUACACUUAAAAUAAGACCAAAUGCACCUUUCAUUGUCAUGAAAAAUUCAGGUGAAACAGCUGACACAUCUAAUUUGGAUGAGCACUCAUUUGAAGUAGUAACUAAGAGAGAUGAACAUGGAAGUCUGCAGGUAAAUGCUAUAAUGCAAGGGGAUUUAAAUGCUACUGAAACAGUGACAGAAGAUGGACAUGUUACAUAUCAAAGUACAGGUGGAAACCUGGAGUUAAAUGGGGAAAAUUACACACUCGUUACACAAGCUGGUCAGGAUGAGCACAUUGCACUGAUAACCCAAACACUAGAUGGAGUAGAGGGACAAAAUAAUACUGUAGAAGGUGACAGUCACAUUCAGGUUAUAACUCAAGAGGAGGGCACUGAGAAUGAAUUUGUUGGAGAAGAGAAUUUACAAGUUAUUACUGAAGAAGAUUUAACUGAAGGUGUUGCUGGAGCAGAAAAUUUCAGCAUUAAUAUUGGAGAGGAUGGGACAGUGGAUGCUGCAGAUUUUGAAAAGAUUGAAGCUCUAAGAAACAUGUAUAGUGACCAGCAAAUUGUUAUUGUUUUAGAGAGUCAGCAGCAGUAAAAUAUUCACAGUGCCUGACAGAGAAUUAGUGUUCUAGAUGACUAGUAUGAAUACUAGUGUAGAAUAAAUAAACUAUUCUAGAAAAUUAAUGAAAAGAAUUGCGCUGUUCAAUUAUCAAAUAGCUGUCUUUGAUAUAGAAAAUGAAUUACUGGAAAUAUUUGUACUUUUCAAUUUCAAGAAUCUGACUGUGUUAUAGAAAAUGAAUUACUGAAAAGUAAAGUAUUAUACAAUUACCAUUUAAAGGUAUUUGUUCUUGAAAGUCAGCUGCCAAAGAGGAAUGUACAUUUAUUAAUUAACUGUCUAACUCUUGCUUAAUGAUGAACAAUUAUUGGUAUACCGACUUUGCUUUAGAAAGUUGACUGCAUUCAAAGUGUACAAUAUUCAACAAAAUAAGUUCCCUGGUGUUUAAGAAAAAAAAGGUAUUGUAGACUUUUUUAGUGAACAUAAUUAUUGUUUAUUUUGUUUAAUUGGGUUUUACGUCCCACCGUCACAUUAUAGUUCAUAUGGUGACGUUCCAGCUUUACUGGUGGCGGAAGACCUCUGGUGCCCUUCUGUGCAUUAUUUCCAGAACCACCGACGUUCCAUAAGCUAGCUGGAUAGGCUCCCUCACAUGAAAGAAUCCAUAGUCCCUGUCGGAAUUCGAACCCUCAGAGGGGUUUGGAGUCAACGACCUUAACAACAUGGCCAGGGUCGCCCAAAAAAAUAAACAAAAUGAUAAUAUUUUAGUUAAAUACAAAUUUGUGGACUGUAUGUGUACAAUAUGCUUAAUUACGUUUAUUUAUGCGCUUGUAAUUGUCGGGCUAUUUACUGUGUCCACCUUUGAAGAAAAGGGACAUCUUGUUUUGCAGCAUGAUGUUGGUCGAUCCAUCCCCACAUUGUUUCAAAUCAAUAACUUAAGUACCCUUAACUUAGGAAGUAGCUGACUCCUAUUGAUUUUGGGGUCAAAGUCACAUUGACUCGACAACCCAUGGUCCCUUGGUCCUCAAACUUCGCAAGUGCAUUUGUCUUGGCCAGUAAAUGACCCAAUUUUAUUUUGGGAUCAUAAGUCAAGUUCACACUGACCUUGUGUUUCAUUACAGUUUUCAAUCAACUGAUUACUGGACAACCCAUUGACCCUCAAACUUCACCAAUACGUUGAUGGUCACCUAAGCAUAAAGUGCUCGUAAUCAAAAUGUGUCCGUCGUUCGUCAGUAUGUCCGUGUGUCCUUCGUCAACUUUUUAGACUGGGCCUUUGAUGAAAUUUUCCUGGGAUGGUCCUAGCAUGAAGCACUACUUAAAUUGUUCAAAUGGUUUUGCUGAAUUGAACAUCUGGGUCAGGAUCAAGGGCUGAAAUGAAAUCUUUAAAAAUCUUCUCUGACAGUGGGCUUCGGUUUUUCAGGUCUCUCGCACAUCCACUUCCUGUUUACCGACUUAGAUUUUCGACAUUAAUGGUUAAUGGUAGGAAAUUUUUGUAGCAGUUACUACUUAUCACAGCCUCUUGAUAUUUGGUAUACAGCAUUAACAUGUGGUCCCAUACCUUGGGAUGUGAUUUCAUGUCUGUUGCGCAUCCACUUUCCGUUACCCGAUUUAGUUAAAUCGUCGACAUUAAUGGUCAGUGGUAAAUUUUUUUUUCGUCACAUCACAGCCUCGUGAUUUUGGUAUACAAAUGCAAGCCGGCAUUUUUUUCUGUCUGACCCAUUUUCAUUAUGUUCAUAAAGUAUAAACUUAAAAACUCUUUUUCUCUGAACAUGCAAGGCUUAGAGCUGGGAUAUUUGGUAUGUAGCAUCAUCAUAUGAAAAUCUACAUGUAAGUGUUCAAAUUACAUCCCUGGGUAAAAAUUGGCCUUGCCACAAGGGGUCAUUGGUUUUCCUUAUAUGUAUGUAGUAAAAACUUGAAAAAUCAUCAUCUCCUGAAUUGACAAAGGCUAUAGGUAAGAUUAUUGACAUGAAACAUUGUGUUAUUGGGUCAAUAAUUGAUUUUCAUUUUAUUUAUAUUAGGUCUGCGAACGAAUAAGGAAUUUGAUGUGCGAAUAUUCGUUUUUCAUAUUCGAAUAUUCGUUUUUUUACAACAUUUGUUCCAAUAUUUCUUCUUGUCGUAUACGUAUCCGAAAUUGAUUGCGUCGGAUACUAUACUACUUUAAUAUGCUUGUAAUAAUCGACGAUUCAACCACUAACAAAGUUCUAUGCUCCUGCGUUUAUGAAUAAAUUAUGCAAAUGAGCCGCCAUGUUGGAGUUUCGGUAAGCGUGUUGGAAAUUGCUACCUGUUCGUUUUGAAAGCUCGUCCUAACUUACAAUUUCCUUGAAUGUAUGAAAACUUGGUUUUGUUUGAUUGCAUAUUGAAUGAUAGGUAUUGCAAAAUAAAUAUAAUGAAAAUCGAUCAAUAAAUAAUUGUAUACGAGCGUUAUAAAGUCAAUUUAAUUCGUCAGAAUAAUAAGGUUCUGUUGCAGGGUAUCGGUAAAAGACUGCUUUUUUUCCCGUUUUUGAAAUUUAUUUGAACACGGAGACAAUUUUUCUCAAACAGAUUUAUGAAUAUACUUUACGUUGCAACAGAGUUUACCGUGUGUCCAUUCCUUAUUUAAAUUGUCUGAGAAGUUAAAUCUGUUUGUUUACAUGUAAAUGUGUACCGUCAUUUUGACCGAGUGGAAUAAAAACUACCAUGACGGUGAUAAUACCGGAUAUGUAAUGAAAAUUACGCCGUGUAGUGCAAAGUUUUGGACAUUGCAAUUAAAAUUAACACUUACGUUGACUCAAACUGUUCCUUGUCAGCAAAAUUGAAACCGAAAGUAGAGGUUGUUCUAGAAUUUAAUCGAAUAAAAUGGGUGGAAUUUAACCACCGCGCAUGCCCUGUGCGAACGUAUUGUUUACAUCCGGUCGUAGCAUAGGGUAAGAGUGCAAACUUUGUUAGUGUCAACUACCACAGGUUCUACAUUACAGGUUCUACAUUUGUUUGCUUUUUGUUUUGAAAAUUAUAAAUAUUCAUUUUUUUGUUGGUGUUUCUACUAUGUAAAAACAUUUGGAUUGAACUUAUAAAUAGAAGUUGCGUCUUACUAUUUGACAUGUGUUAGAAUGUAAAUAAAUUAAAGUUUUUUGUGUAAAUGCAAAAAAAAUCAUUGCCUUUCUGUAAAAAAAUGAAUUUGCCUUGUUGACUUUAGUGUUACGACUUGAUAUGUUGUAGUAGCUUCCUAAGGCUUUGUAUUUUGCUAUGAGUAGUGUUGGAAAAUUGAUAUCAAUUUUUGCACGAUGCCUAGCAGCAAAAUAAAUUGCUCCAGAAAGCUAUUACAACAUAAUUUUCCUUCUAGUAUAUACCUAUAAAUUUUUAGACAAAAAGAGAUUCAGUUAACUAAACUUCUUUUACUUAUUUCACAAACAAAGAUAUAGCUGUCAAGAAAUAAUAUUAAUAAAUGACAGAUGAAUAUUUUUUUACAAAUUUAAGAGACCACCCUAAGUAUCACCAGUUUUUGUAUAAGGCACAGCUAAAAUUGGAACCAAUGGAGAACAAUAGUUUAGCACUUCCAUAUAUGGUACUGUUUUUACUGUCUUGGUCACUAACAUAACUCAGAUUUUUCUAUCCUUGGAACCAAUUGUAUUGGCGCUUCAUGAUUUGCGUGUAUUUUUAUGGAGAAAAUUUAUAGGUAUAUAAUAUACAUCUGUAUAUGAAUGCAAUAUAAAAUUCAAAUUAACAUUUUUUCUGCUAAUGAAUGUAUGUAGUUUUUGCCCAGUCUGCCUCUGUGACUAUCUGUAACCAUGACUGUAUGUUAAAGCCACAACAUGCCUCUAGUUCAGAGCUUUAUUUUGAAAAAUGACAUUGAUUAAAUGUUAUAUAUACUGUAAUUUAACAGAUCAUACAUGGUUAGAAACAAUUUGUUUUACAAACACAUCUGGUGUUAGAUGGUUUAAACCACCAUUUAGUGAGUAAAAUGUUAAUUCUAUUAAAAUGUGGAUCAUAUUACUGUCCUUGGCUGUUAAAAAGGGUAGUGAUAUACAAGUUAUAAUAGAGAUAUUGUGUUGAUCUUUCGUUUUUACUUGAAGGAACAAAAUUCAAUCUCUUUUGGCUGUUAGUUGUCUGUGUAAUGUGUUUUUCUUAAAGAUUUUAACAAAGAAUCAUGUAUAUCACAAUUUGUUAUGCCACCGCAACAUCUGUGAUGCGGUGGCAUUUGGCGAUUCACAUCUGUGUGUGUGCAUGCGCGUGUGUUAUUCCUCUUGUGAAAAACCACUAGUCCAAUUUCAACCAAACUUGGCAGGAUUGUUCCUUGGUGAAGGGCUUCCAAAGUUGUUCAAAGAAUUUGAUUCCAUGCAGAAAUCUUGUUGCCAUGGCAACCAACAGGAAUUAUAUGAACAAAUUUUAAAAAUCUUUUUGUAAAGACACACAAUGACUAUGGCAUAGAUAUUUUGCAUAAAGCAUUAUCUGUUAGACCUCUACCAAGAUUGUUCAAAUUAUAGCCCUGGGAUCAAAAUAAGCCUCGCCCCGGGGGUCAUUGAUUUUAACUAUGUACAUCUAGCAAAAACUUGAAAAAUAUUCUUGUCUGAAGGUACAAUGCUUAGAGCUUGGGUAUGUGGUAUCAUCUUUAGGUCCUCUACCAAAGUUGUUUUGCUGUAUACAGUAAAAACUUAAAAAAACGAUCUUCUUUAAAAAAAAAACAAAUAGCUAGAUAUUAAGUAUGAAACAUCUUCUAGUUAGUGUCUACCAAGCUUGUUCAAAUAAAAGCCCUGGAGUCAAAAUUGGCCCCAUCUUGGGGGGGUUCAUUGAUUUUCCUUAUAUGUAUGUAGUUAAAACUUUAAAAAUCUUCUUUUAAAAAAAACCGAAACAGCUAAUACGUAGAUAUUAAGCAUGAAACAUCUUCUAAUAGGUGUCUAUCAAAUUUGUAAAUAAAAGCCCUGGGGUCAAAAUUGGCCCCUCCCAGGGGGUCAUUAAUUUUCUUUCGACCGUAAAACCUGAACGGGCGGUCACACCUGCACAACAGCCGAUUUGUAAACAGCGGCCAGCUUAAGACUGUCGGUGUAGUUUCCUUUUUUAAAUGCAUUCUAUAUAACACUAAUCUGUAAUAUAUGCAGCCAACUGUCAUCCUAACAGAUUUUGGCACGUAUAAAACGGCGCAACAAACUUUCAAAUAGGUAAACACACGAGAGUGCGAAGAAAAAACUUAUAAUUGCCCUUACGGGACCUAAUACACAACUGCACCUGUGUAUUUGUCAAGAUAAGAAUAAACCGGCGAAAAGUAAUUUACGGAUGAUUUGGUAAAGAUAAGAAUAAACCGGCGAAAAGUAAUUUACGGAUAGUGUUUUCUAUUGUUUUCUGUGGGUUUUUUUUGUGUGUGAAAAUAAUGAUAAAGGAUUAAUGCGGUCGGUGCUUUUAUUAUGAGCAAACACUCUGAUUUAAUUUAUUUGGUGUAAAUUGAACAUUGUGAUAGUUGAAUGCAUUCAUUGUUCGAUAAAUCGUAUGUCAAAUUGUAAAGAUGAUGUCUUUAAAACCAGCGGAGCAAUUUUUUUAUUCUCUUUGGCAAUCAUGUUACAGUACCGUGAACAUCUCUCUUGAGGAUCAAGUUAGAGUCAUUCAUACUAUAGAUACAAAAAAAACACCCUAAACUACUAUUUAAUACAUAGGCACUUGGUUUUGGGAUAAAAAGCCCUUUGAGGGGUUUGUAGAACUCAAAUUUGAUUGAAUGUAACGAUUUUUUAGAUUCUAAAAACGUCAUUUUUCCAAUGUGACAAAAAACUAACAUCGGAAAAAUGACGUUAUUAGAAGCAAUACAUCUAUGUAAAAAAUUGUUACAUUCAAUCAAAUUUGAGUUCUACAAACCUUUCAAAAUGAUUUAGCAUUGUAUUAAUGUGGUGGCACUGCAUUUUUCACAAAUGCAAUCUUGUUUUUCUUUAGUUUUUUCUUUGAUACUAUAAAUGGUAUAUGUUUUUUGAAAAUUGUUAUAUUUUUCACUUUUCUUCUUUGUUACUAUAAAUUUUUGAUUAAAUGAUCUCUACUUUGAACUUCAGAUAAUUGUUCUUUGUCACCACUCACAUCAUCUAGAGUAAUCUACUCUUUAGUUAAUUUUAAAAAUGUUAUAUUCUGGUUACAGCCAGAGAUUUUUAAAGAUUUGCCCUCUGUUUUUCAGUGCAUCUGUCUGGCUGUCCCUAAAAACUGUUUCCUGAGAUUACUUUUAAAGAACAUUUUUAGCAAAUUUACUUAAAAUAGAGAAAAGUUGAAACGUCAGUUUGAGAAAAUUGGAUCUUUUGAUUAUCUGUUGUAUAAACAUAAUUUCAUUAUUAAGCAUGGAAUCUAAACACAUAACUAUAAUACAGAUAAACUAAGAACUCAAAAGAGUCUAGUUUGUCAUGUUGGCAUUCAAUUAUGCCAACAGCCAUUCAGAAUGUUGCUUGGGUUCUAAGCGGUAGAGACUUUUAAAUUGCUUAUUAAAUAAAUUGUUUGCAUGUUCAUCUUAUAUCAUCAUUUUUGUGUUACAUAAUUGUGAAUUUAAUAACUAGUUUUCGUAAUUGUUUAAGCAUUUGCAAAUAUAAAUAAAUGAAGAAAAAUGUU